AUGCCGAAAGUAAAUAAACUACAAAGAAAGCGACCAUCGGAUACUGUUACUAAACCCGCGGGUGACCAGAGAAGAGCGCCUGCUAAGGGUCCUGACAUGAGUCUUCCACAGAACAUCUUAUCCAAAAUAAACCGGAUGUACAAACAUGCUGCUGAUGCGGAGAAAGCCGUCUGGAUGAAAAAAUACAUGAGGAAUCAGUUCGAAUUCUUUGGGAUCCCAACACCAGUCAGAAAGUCCAUCAAUAAAGAAGUAUUUACCAUGGAAUUAGAUUUGACAUCCACCCGGGAACUUCUACAGUUGCUAUGGAAACAACCCGAAAGAGAAUAUCAGCACUGCGGUUUGGACUUAGCUGGAAGAUCAGUAAAAUUACUCAACGGUUCAACACGUGGAGACUGCAUUGCGUCCAUGGAAUGUCUCAAAACAAUGGUUGUUACUGGGAGUUGGUGGGACACAGUCGACCCUUUAGCUACAACUAUUGGUGAUUUGGUGAGACUGCGCCCCCAGGUGUUGAAUCCCGUCGUCGAUAGUUGGAUUGGUGAUGAUAACAUGUGGUUGCGGCGUGUGGCAAUAUUACAUCAGUUGAAAUAUAAAUCAGACACAGACAAAGACAAGCUAUUCAGGUUUUGUUUGUUGUGUGGACACGAGAAGGAGUUUUUCAUUCAGAAAUCCAUCGGAUGGGCACUGCGACAGUACUUCCGUCACAACCCAGAAGACGUGAAGGAAUUUGUAAAGAAGAAUGAAGACAAGUUGUCAGCUCUCAGUAAACGAGAAGCGCUGAAACACGCCUAGUUUAUGCCACGGCCUAAACAUAGCAAACACAAAUAUAACAUUUAUCUCUCAAUACAUAUCUUAAAUUGAGCAACGAUGUAAUUUCUAUGUGUAUUCGGGAAAGGUUUACAUCAUGUACUAUUCAGAAAUGAACUAACCACUGCUUGCCGUUUGAGAACAGAAACAAAUACUACGAAGAAAUUUAUACAAACAGAGUGUAUUCUUAAUACAUUAGUGGUAAUUAUUAUUUCAUCACAUAAAUGGUGGUAUUUAACUAUUAUAAUUACAGGCGAUAAUGAUACAAUUGAAAUGAAACAGUUUAUUAGAAAUGUCUCUUUUUUAUAAUAAAAUAUAUAGUAAAAACC